ACAUGAAAGAGGGGGGGAAACGGCUUAAUAGUCGCAGAGUGGAGCAGAUGAAGUGCCGCGUUGUUUUCAGAGAUGUAGAGAGAAGGAACUGCAUGCCUCUUUAAUUAUCCAGAGGGACCCAUGACCCUGACACGAGGAUCCUUCACCUAUUCCAACGGAGAGGAGUACCAUGGAGAGUGGAAAGAAGGUCUGCGUCACGGCCUGGGUCAGCUGAUCUUCAGCGACGGGACGUGCUUCACCGGACAGUUUGAGAACGGCCUGUUCAACGGCUGUGGCGUUCUGGUGUUUCCUGAUGGCUCCAGGUAUGAAGGUGAAUUUGUGCAGGGGAAGUUCCAGGGAGCCGGUGUUUUCACUCGCUUCGAUGGCAUGAAGUUUGAGGGCGAAUUUAAAGGCGGAUGUGUGGACGGCCACGGGCUGCUGACCUUCGCGGACGGCGGACGAGGCGUCAGCCACGAGGGCCUGUUUGAGACCAACCAGCUGAAAAGAAGAGAGAGCAGCCAUGCAGCUGUUCAGAGAGCGCAGGCGGCGGCGGCCAAAGCCAGAACUCUGGCCUCGUGACGUGGACUGGACAACCCACACCGACCCCUGGUACCGGGGUCAUCCUCCUCCCGUUAGUCUGACCUCCUCAAUACGUUUCUAUUGCUCCUUUGUUUCAUCGUGUCCAGCUUCUGCAAACGAUUCUGGGAUAAAAUGUCCAACUUUAUCUUCUGGUUCAUUUGAACCGUCGGGUCUGUGACCUGCAGAGUAAUCAGGACGGUAAAAUCUGCUCUCACAGCCACUGACUCAGGAUCAGUACCGCCGAACACACGCUGUUCGACACACUGCUAAGUGCUAAAUCGCAUCCAGAGUUUGGUUUUUAAAAAACUCUGGAUGCGACAUUAAAUAUGGGCAUUUUUCAGGUAAUCCUGACAACAAGCAGGUUCACACUGGGCUUUAUUUAAAAGUUCAAGCAAACAACGGAUCAAACUUUGGUAACGUAAAUUCUGAUUCACCUCACACCCCGAUACUUUAUGAUUAGCUUUUUUUAUUAUUAUUUAAGUGUUUUCAAUGCAAAAUAUCACAGGUUAAGGUCUGUAGUGUUGAAUUAUAAACAAGACAGAAGCUGUGGCUCUCACAUGGCUUAAUCUGUAAAUUAUUAUUUCCUAUCAUUUCCUAAGCAAUCAGAUCUUUAGGGUCUAACUAUAAUUAUUAUCAACUGCUUUAAUCCUUUAGAGAGAAUAGCAGAGGUUAAAUAAUAUUUUAAAAUGUAACAUUUUCCUCACCUGUGAGUGUAGUCACUGACAACAUUGGGAACCCAGAAGGAAUGGUCUAAUUUAGAUAUUUUAAUAUUUAAGUCACAAUGAGUUUGCUUAUCUAAAACUCAUGUUAACAAGUCCAGUUUUCUCUAUCCAGGUUAACCCUAUAAUCACUCAUAUUUCAUGCACAUGGAUUCAAAAAAUUUUACAUAAACAUAACAUUCAGUUUUUCAUAAGGAAAUGUUAAUAAAAUUCGACUGUGAUGAGUGAAUGUUUUUAUGUUGGCUAUAAAAGAUUGAAUCCUGAAAACUGAUUCAAAAGCUGCUUUAUCAAACUUGAAGGUCAUGAAAACUUAAAACAUCCAGGAUUUUAUAACAGAUUUUGACUUUUGACCCAGGAAUUAACUUUAGUGUGCUAAUUAAAUUAAAAACUGAAAUCACUAAAGAGUGAUUUCACUGAACAGUCAUCUUCAGUGAAAUCAAUCAAUCAGUUUUGAUGUGCGCUACGUACAAGAUGUUUUGGCACAAAAAGUCUUUUUUUCUCCACAAAAGAGGGUUAAAUAAUAAAAAUUCCAGAAAUUAUUCUUUUUCUUUUUCUACUUAAAGGAAGAUCUCAAGGUUCACAGAAUGCGUACAGCCUCAGGCGCUGCUGCCCUCCGAUAAAAUCCUGCAGGCGUCUGGGCAUAGUUCUGAACUUUAACCGUAGGAAAGAGUUUUAUACAUAAAGCAAUUUAUUUUAAACGUUUUUUUAUCAUUUCCUUUUUUU